CGCUCGUUGCGCAACGCCCGCUCCUGGCGUAAGGAGCGGCGGAUGGAGCUCGGCGGCUGCAGCGUACGGAGUUGGCGUAGGGUGCGCAAUCGGCGUAGUGCGGAAGCGGGCGGGGGAUGAGUGUGCUGUUUUGAGGGAGGCGGCGCGGCCGGCAGCCAUGAGCUACGACCGGGCCAUCACCGUGUUCUCUCCGGACGGGCACCUGUUCCAGGUGGAGUACGCACAGGAGGCGGUGAAGAAGGGAUCGACUGCGGUUGGGGUCAGAGGGAAGGACAUCGUUGUGCUCGGCGUGGAGAAGAAAUCUGUGGCAAAGCUUCAGGAUGAGAGAACUGUGCGGAAGAUCUGCGCCCUGGAUGACAACGUCUGCAUGGCUUUUGCAGGGCUCACAGCUGAUGCCAGAAUAGUUAUAAACAGAGCUCGUGUGGAAUGUCAGAGCCACAGACUCACCGUGGAGGAUCCGGUCACCGUGGAGUACAUCACGCGUUACAUCGCCAGCCUGAAGCAGAGAUACACUCAGAGCAAUGGUCGCAGACCUUUUGGUAUCUCUGCUCUGAUCGUGGGAUUUGACUUUGAUGGAACCCCCCGGCUGUACCAGACUGAUCCCUCUGGCACGUACCAUGCCUGGAAGGCUAACGCCAUUGGCAGAGGAGCUAAAUCUGUACGUGAAUUCCUGGAGAAAAACUACACUGAUGAAGCCAUUGAAACAGACGAUCUGACUAUUAAGCUUGUCAUCAAGGCUCUUCUGGAGGUUGUGCAGUCUGGGGGGAAGAACAUCGAGCUGGCUGUUAUGAGAAGAGAUCAGCCCCUGAAGAUUCUGAGCCCUGAAGAAAUUGAGAAAUACGUGGCUGAGAUUGAGAAAGAAAAGGAAGAAAACGAAAAGAAAAAACAGAAGAAAACAUCAUGAUGAACCAAAUCCAGCACCUGCUUCUUUUUAACUGAAGCAAUGGGUUGUUCUGUAUAGACAGGAUGUAGGCAUUCCGUUCAUUCAUACUGUGCCCUUCUGGAGACCUACAAUAAAACCUAUUGAUUUUUUUUUAAGCUCUUAUUUUAGA